AUGGGUGCUCUCGUUUCGCUCCCGAUGAUGGGUGCCUCUUCCUUGGCUUCGUGCUUCGGAGCUGCUGCCUGUUCUGCACUUUGUUCCACGAUAGGAGGCACAUUCCAAUCGUCUAUUAUGACCAGAAUAACAUAUGCCAUGUUGCUUUUAGUGAACUCAUUGAUAUCGUGGAUAGCGCUAUCGCCGUUUAUUGUUCACAAAAUCGAGAAAGCCACCUUCGGCUUUAUCAAUAGCAAGUGUGGCCAAGAUGGCUCUCAGUGUAUUAGCUUUUCAUCUGUCCACAGAGUCAACUUUGCUUUGGGGGUCUUACAUUUAGUCUUGGCUGUGUUGUUGAUAGAUGUCAAGUCUACAGCCAACCCUCGUGCAGUAAUCCAGAACGGGUGCUGGAGAAUCAAGAUAUUCAGCUGGUUGACGUUUAUUGUCAUCAACUUCUUGCUUAUCCCCGAUCAUUUCUUUGUUUUCUACGGUAACAACAUCGCCAUCAUAUUUUCCACCAUUUUCUUAGGAAUCGGACUUAUCUUGCUUGUAGACUUUGCACAUGCCUGGGCUGAGAAAUGCUUGGAAAAGAUCGAGUUAGAGGAAUUGACUGGUGAAGGAGAUUCCUCUUUCUGGAAGAAGUUGUUAGUGGGAGGUACUUUGACUAUGUAUAUUUCGAGCAUAAUCUUAACUGUGCUCAUGUACUGGUUCUUUGCUGGAAACGGCUGUAGUAUGAACAAGACCGCUAUCUCGUUGAACAUGAUCUUUGGCUUAAUAAUCUCAGCCAUGUCUAUUAACCAGACUAUCCAAGAAUACAAUCCUCACGCUGGACUUGCCCAAUCUUCCAUGGUAGUCUUCUAUUGUACGUAUCUUGUCAUGAGUGCUGUCGCAUCAGAGCCAGACGACAAGUUCUGCAAUCCAUUGGUAAGAUCUAGAGGUACUAGAACUGCCAGUGUCAUCUUAGGUGCCUUUUUCACGUUUAUUGCAGUAGCCUAUACCACCACUAGAGCAGCAGCAAACUCCGCUUUCAGCUCAGAACCAACUGCAGAUCCUUACAUCAAUGCCCAGCCAGCGGUUAGAAACGAAAUGAGAUACCAGGCUAUAAAGCAGGCUGUAGACGAAGGCUCUUUGCCUGAAAGUGCCCUUAACCAAAUGGACUUGUAUGACGAAGACAUGGAAGGCAACAGCAACGAUGAAGAAAGACAGAAAGUCAAGUAUAACUACUCAUUGUUCCACAUUAUCUUCUUUUUGGCUACCCAGUAUGUCGCUACGUUGUUGACUAUCAACGUGAAGCAAGACGAAGUCGGUGACUUUGUACCUGUUGGCAGAACAUACUUUGCCAGUUGGGUCAAGAUUAUUAGUUCGUGGGUAUGUUUUGUUUUAUACGGAUGGAGUUUGGCUGCCCCUGUAGUUUGGCCAGACAGAUUUGGUGUUCAAUUGUAA